UCCAUCAUGAGAGAGAGCUCUAUCUCUCUCAUGAAUUGAGAGACUUCUUGCCUUCUUCUUCUUCACUACAUCAAUGUUCUUGUCUUCUAUAUCCAUCUAGUUCUAUGCGAUUAUUUAAGAUUUGCCCACGCAAACAGACAAUUGUGAGUUUGGGGCAUAUGUUAGAAGAUUUGUGGUAGAGUACUGACACGACACGUGGAGAAGGCACGAGACACAUCAAUCAUUUGGAGGAUUUCGAGGGUUUUGAUAUUUUGCCGAUUAAGAGAUGGAAAGCCCAAAGAGAUGUAAUCAUGAGGACCUACUACGAGAGUUGCCCGAUGUGUUAAUAUUUGACAUAUUUUGGAGGUUGCCAAUGACGGAUGUGGUUAGGACAUCUGUUCUAUCCAAACGCUGGAGGGACUUUUGGACCACUGCCCCCUUUCUCAAUUUCGAUAAUCGUGAUAUGUUGUUUGGUGAAGAUAGUAAGCUUCGGAAUUUUAUUAAUCGGGCUUUAUUAUGCUGGAAUGGGAAUAAGGUUUUGAAAUUCAGGUUUGAUUCGUGUCAUAAGCUUGCGAUGUUGAUUUGUGGGUGAAUUUUGCCCAGAGAAAUGGAGUAGAAGAAUUACAUUUACAUAUGCGGGGCAAUUCUACAACAGCCUUAGCUGGUUUUAAUAGUAGUGAAGUUUACCAUGUCCGAUCAUGCCUCUACUCAUGCUCAUCCCUAAAAGUGUUAACACUCCGAUCUUGUAACUUGGAGUUUUGUGGAAAUGCGCAGUGGAAUCAACUCGAGUGUUUAAAGAUUAUUACUACAGAUGUGAUUAACCAAAUGUUGUCUGGUACUCCUCAGUUGAAAGUCUUUUACUUGAGUUAUGUUGACAAAGGUGGAAACUUGAGUAUCCAAUCUACUAGUUUGAAAGAGCUGUAUAUUCAAAAGUUCAUUUUGGCCCGUGAAGAUUUUCUUGUGGUUUCAGAGCUGAGAAUCUGUACCCCGAAUCUUGAAACAUUAGAAAUUAAAGGAGUUCCAUAUAAGAAGUAUUCACUGACGGAUGUCUCAUCUUUGACACGUGCAGUUUUUGGUUUGCUGUUGUUUUGCCAUAUUAUGCUGACCAGGUUUUCGAACCCAUUGAGUCAAAUUCUUCCAAGCGUUCAACAUGCAGAAAACGUCACGUUAUCAGACUGUUGCACCAAGGUGGUUGAUGCUAUGAAAAUGAAAUGUACGCGCUCAGCUUUUCCGAAUGUCAAAUCCCUAGAACUUAAAUGUUGUUACAAACAAGUAGUAGUGACUCUUGAGAUCUUCCCUCAGUUGGAGAGAUUAGUCAUUGAAAACACCUCAAAGAUGACACCGAGUCGCUCAAGUUUGAGGCAAUUCUCCCUCAUGAGCAGUCCUUCUUCUUCGGUUGAGGACAAUUGAGGUUACUUGGUCUGAGGGAUACAGCAUAUUCCCACUGAUUGAGAUUCUGUUAAAAUACGCAAGCAAGCUAGAAAAGUUUGUUUUCCAAAUAAAAGAAAUCAAGUCACCUGCGCCAUCAGAUUCUUUGUUAUCGGUGUCACAGAAACUGCUCAGGAUGCGAAGAUCUUCGUCUAACUGCACGGUUGAUCUCACCAUUCUGUCAUGAGAACCAACUGGUGUCCCUUUCUUGUGUUCGAUGUAUCAACUUUGGUCUCAUUUUGGGGAUUGCAUGUAUAUGCUUUAUUCAACCCAAUAGAGCAAUGUCUCACUUUAGGUGUAAGGUGUUCUUUUAAUAUGCUAACUUCCUUGCAUUAUGAA